CCUGCUGAUAGUGCUGACACGUGACAGACGUCAGAAUUCAAUCAAUUCAACUAAUCAAUCCAAUGUGCGCCCACAACACAUCAGACAGCGGCUGUAGGGUAUCGUCGUAUAUAUUAAUAUUUAAUUCACUAAUUAAAUAUUUGUCGAUACACUUCUUGUUUCAGUUAAAAUUGUAGUAUACGAAUGAUGAUUAUUAAAAAUAUAACAUUCUGUAAUUGAUAACAAUUGAACUUUGACAUUGAUGUAAGAUAUUUACAAUCAACGUCUAUGAACUUCAUUCUACAAUCAUUCCAAAUUUAGACUGUGAUCAGUUAGUACACGAGUUCAGGAUGUGCAUAUUAAGGUUUUUCUCAUCUGAAGCAUUUAGUGCACAUAAGACCAAGGAGAUCCUUGAGAAAUUAAAACUUGUUGAUUCGGAUGUAGCAGAACUUUCUACAGAACUCUGUUACCAUGUGGAGUUGUGUGAAGGAUGUGACUAUCUCAACAUCAAUCAAAUUAAGGUUCUCAAGUGGCUGCUCAGCUCACCUUUGCAGCCUCAAGCCUUAAAAAAUGAAACUAUUUACAAGAAUGUAAAGGAAAAUCAAGCUAUCAUUGAAAUUGGGCCAAGAUUCAACUUUUCAACAGCUGACUCUAGUAAUUCUGUCCAAAUAUGUGAAAGUGUGGGGCUGCGAGAUGUUACUCGCUUAGAGGUGUCCACAAGAUAUCUCAUUACCUUUAACAGAGCAAAAAAUGUAUCAGAGAAGUUAUUUGAGUCCUUGGCAGCACCACUGCAUGAUAGAAUGACCCAGUGUAUCUAUACAAAGGAUAAUCUGCCUAGGUCAAGUUUUAAUGAAGGUUUGCCUAAAGAUCUUGAGCCAUGGUAUGUAGUGCCACUACAAAAAGAAGGCAGACCAGCUAUGGAGAAAGUCAAUACAAAGUUAGGGUUAGCUUUUGAUUCUUGGGACAUUGACUUUUAUAUGGACCUGUUUGUGAAUAAAUUGAAGCGUGAUCCAACUAGUGUUGAGUUAUUUGACCUUGCUCAGAGUAAUAGUGAACAUUCGCGCCAUUGGUUCUUCAAGGGAAAAUUAAUAUUAGAUGGAGAAGAGAUAGAUGAAUCGCUUAUUGAUAUGGUUGCAUCCACUCAAGCAACUUCCAAUGAUAAUAAUGUUAUUAAGUUUGGAGAUAACAGCAGUGCCAUCAAAGGCUUCAAACAUACCAAAUUACGGCCGACAAAUGUUCGGGUGCCAUCUCAGGUUGUUGAGGAACAGACUGAGUCGGACAUCAUAUUUACAGCUGAGACACAUAACAUGCCAACAGCUGUUGCCCCAUUCAGUGGAGCAACUACUGGUACUGGAGGUCGUAUUAGAGACGUUCAGGGUGUAGGCCGUGGUGGGCACACCGUAGCUGGCACAGCUGGGUACAGUGUUGGCAAUUUGCAUGUUCCCGGAUAUGAAAUGCCUUGGGAGGACAAGGACUGGGAAUACCCUAGCAAUUUCGCAAGUCCCCUGCAAAUUAUCAUAGAAGCCAGUAAUGGUGCCUCGGAUUAUGGUAACAAGUUUGGAGAACCACUGAUUACAGGUUUUGUUCAAUCUUACGGUUUGAAGAAUGGCGACAAUGUAAGGGAGGAAUUUGUUAAGCCUAUUAUGUUUAGUGGUGGUAUUGGAUACAUGCCUCACAAUAUGAUUAAGAAGAAUAAUCCAGAGGAAGGAAUGAUGUUGGUGAAGAUAGGAGGGCCAGUCUACCGUAUUGGUGUGGGUGGCGGCGCUGCGUCAUCCGUUGCCGUGCAGGGUGGAGACUCAAGAGACCACGCACUAGAUUUUGGAGCUGUUCAGAGAGGUGAUGCAGAAAUGGGCAAUCGUCUGAAUAGGGUAGUUAGAGGAUGUUUGGAGGCGGAUAUUAAUCCUGUCGAAUCUAUACACGACCAAGGAGCGGGUGGCAACGGUAACGUUCUUAAAGAGUUGGUAGAACCAAAAGGUGCAGUUGUAUACACGAAGGAGUUCCAACUAGGUGACCCAACUAUCACCACGCUUGAACUAUGGGGAGCUGAGUAUCAGGAAAAUGACGCUUUGCUUUGUUCAAAGAAAAACAGGCCUACUCUUGAAGAUAUUUGUCGUCGUGAAAGAUGCCCCGUAUCGUUCGUAGGGGAAGUUACGGGAGACGGUUACAUGAGUCUUGUAGAAGAUUCAUACUCUGAGAAAUACUUGGACAGGACCGAAAGAUUGCGUGAGGCUAACAAGUCAAAGUUGCCCUAUGAUCUACAUCUGGAAGCAGUAUUAGGUAACAUGCCAAGGAAAACAUUUGAUUUAGUAACGGAGAAGAGAACCAAACUGCCGCUGACGUUGCCAGAAAACAUUACUGUUCAUGAUGCUCUUGACAGGGUACUGAGACUAGUAAAUGUUGCCAGCAAAAGAUAUUUGACCAACAAAGUAGACCGUUGCGUUACUGGGUUAGUAGCUCAGCAGCAGUGUGUGGGUCCACUGCAUACGCCCCUUGCGGACUGCGCCAUUAUAGCUCUGUCUUAUUACGACCUUGUUGGUUCAGCUACUUCCAUCGGUACUCAGAAUAUCAAGGGGUUGUUGGACCCUGCAGCAGGAGCUCGUAUGUCUCUUGGCGAAGCUUUGACAAACUUGGUGUUUGCCGGCAUCAGCUCGCUGGAGGACGUGAAGUGCUCGGGCAACUGGAUGUGGGCGGGCAAGACGGGCGCGGAGGGCGGCGCGCUGCUGGCGGCGUGUCGCGGCGUCACGCGCGCCAUGGCCGCGCUCGGCGUCGCCGUGGACGGCGGGAAGGACUCGCUCUCCAUGUGCGCGCAUGUGGCCGGCCAGAAAGUUAAAUCACCUGGGACUUUGGUCGUGUCAACCUAUGCUCCAUGCCCUGACAUAAGAGUGAAAAUUGAACCAGCUUUAGUAGAAGAAGGCUCAGCUCUCGUUUAUGUUCCAGUGAGCUCUGGCAAAUACAGACUCGGUGGAUCUGCGUUGGCGCAGUGUUACAAACAACUCGGAGACAACCCACCAGAUCUCGAUGAUCCAACUGUAUUGAAAUCUAUGUUCAAAGUUACACAGAAAUUGUUAAAGGAGGGCAAGUUACUGUCUGGACAUGACGUCAGCGAGGGAGGUUUUGUGACAACAGCUCUAGAGAUGGGAAUCGGUGGUAUUCGCGGUUUGAAUAUCGAUUUGCAAGUGGAAUCCAAUGUGUCAGCAAUUCAAGCAUUGUUUAACGAGGAACUAGGAAUCAUAGUUGAAGUGUCCCGCAACAACCUAUCGAGUGUUCUGAGUGAAUACAAAAACAAUGGAGUUGAUGCUAAACAAGUUGGUACUACCGGAAAGUACGGAAUGAACUCUGAGGUAACAAUCAAAGUCAACGGUGAAAAGGUUCUUAACACGAAAUUGGUGGAUGUGUUUAGAAUGUGGGAAGAAACCAGCUACCGUCUAGAAUGCUUGCAAGCUAACUCAGGAUGUGUUACCCAAGAAUGGAAAGGACUUGAGAAACGCAAGGGUGUCACUUACAAUGUCACUUUCGAUCCUUCAUCAGCUAUUAUUAAAACGAAAUCAAUUAAGGUAGCAGUUCUUCGUGAGGAAGGAACGAAUGGUGACAGGGAAAUGAUUGCCUCUCUGAUGAUGGCCAACUUUGACGUUUUCGACGUGACAAUGAGCGACUUGCAAAGCAAGAAGAUCACAUUGGAUGCGUUCCAAGGAUUAGUAUUCCCCGGCGGUUUCAGUUAUGCUGAUACCCUUGGAUCAGCCAAGGGAUGGGCAGCCGGCAUUUUAUUCUCAGAUUCUUUAAGCUCCCAGUUCGCCCAUUUCAAAAACAGAACUGAUACAUUUUCAUUGGGAGUGUGCAAUGGAUGUCAACUGAUGGGCCUUCUCGGUUGGGUCGAUCCAGAAACUACAACGAAAGGCGGCAACAGAACUCAAAUCUUUUUGGACCACAAUUCUUCGGAAAGAUUUGAAUGCCGCUGGAGUGCAGUCAAAAUAACUGAAACGAAAUCGGACGUAUGGUUCCGCGGUAUGGGCGGCAGUGUGCUCGGAGUGUGGGUGGCUCACGGCGAGGGACGGUUCACGGUGUCCGAGCCCGCGCUGCUACACAAACUGCAGGACAACGGACAAGUCGCCAUGCAGUAUGUAGACGAUGAUGGCGCACCUACUGAACAGUACCCCAUGAAUCCAAAUGGAAGCCCAAUCGGUAUAGCGGGCGUGAGGUCCCCGGACGGGCGCCACGUGGCCAUGAUGCCGCACCCGGAGCGCUGCGUGUUGCGCUGGCAGUGCAGCGUGGCGGCCGCCGCGCCGCAGGGCGCCGCGACCCCGCGCCAGGCGUCCCCGUGGCUGCGCUUGUUCCAGAACGCGUAUGCAUGGUCAUCACAGAUAUAGAUAAGAAAAAAUGUUUGGCUAGCUGUGGGUUCUUUAAGGCCAAUUGCUUAAUCAUGUGUCUAAAUCUAAAUCAGGUGCUGUGAUUGGUUGUUUUUCUUGUUACACUGUUACACAACCAUCACAAAUUUCCAUAGACAAAAAAAUCUGUCAACAGUUGUUCAGAAUCCAGGGGUAUAGGUCUUAAGGAGAAGGUAUUUUAUGUUAUCGUUAUAAGAAUAGUUUGAUAAGGAAACAAACAUUUUUACUUGAAAAAUAUUUUUAUUUUCUUAUGCUCGAAUAUAGUGAAAAAUAUUGAGCAAAGCUCACUUUAUUUUUAAGUAUACAUUUACAUUAUUAUUUUUAAGGUAAGUUUGUUUUUGAGCCAUAGCUAAGUUAUGGCAGCAAAGCAUUUAAAGGUAUUUUAAAAGUGCUUAGAAAAAGAAACAAAAGAGAAAAGGUCUUCCAGUUUACAUUCCAUGUCCAAAAGAAAUUGUGCCUUAUACAUGCAUUUUGCAUAUUUAUUGUUAAGAAUAUACCUGUGUUGGUUAUUAUAAGUUUUAUAAAAUUAAAUAUUUUUAUAUUUUCCUGUAACUUGAGAACAGUUUUAUAGUUAUGUAUACAAGUUGAGGCAUGAAACCUGUUUAUUACAUAUUUACUUAAUCAAAUAAAGAAAGAUUAAUCUA